ACUGCACUCAAUUCAUUGCACUACAUUAGAUGGCCACUCGGAGCGCACCGUCCUGACUAUUAUCACUUUCUUUCUCUCGUUACCGAAAUUAUUUGUCCUUAAUAAAUUAAAUCAUCAAGUGCUUAAAUUAAAUAACAAAUUAUUGUCUCAAUUAUAAACUCAUCUUAACAAAUAUCUACUAACGCUUCGACUAAUAUUUAUUUUUAAUUUAUAAGUUUACAAAUAUUACGAGUUGUUGUGAUCACUGAAAAAUAAACGCAGGUGUGUUGAUCUCAUUUUUACUUAUUUAUUUGGACCAAAAACUGUUUUAUCCUGUGAUCCUGAUGGAAACCUGAGUUUAACCAAAAAAAGGACCAUGGACAUUCAGUAUAUUUGUUUUGCUAAUUUAAUUAAUUAUUUAUUGUCGUUACUAUUUUUUAUUCAAUAAAAUUAUUUAAAUAAUUUUGUCACGAGUGAUUACGUACAAGUGAAAAAUUUCGAAUUUCCAUAGACCUAAUAUGAGAACGGAUUUAUUAUAUUUGAUAUAAGUUAUUUAUUGUUAUUAUUUUUUUUUAUUCGUAAUGUAAUAAAGAAAAGUGCGCGUGAGUGUGUGACCUCGUGGGAUUUCCACGCGCACCGGUGUCAAGUGAAUACUGACCUUCAAGGUCAACUGGUUAUAAUUGUUUUAAUUUAUAUAAAUAAGGAUAAUUAAAUAGAGUCGUGUGUGAUUAUAUCAUAAAUUAAACUUAUCUGAUUACAUUGUAGGAAAUUUUUUUUUCCUCUGUAAGAUCAGUUUAGUUCCGCAUUUAAUUAUUGUUGCAACAAAAGGGAUACGAGUGAUGUGUGAGUGCAUUGAAGUUGAUAAUAGGCUUGGGAAUAAAUAUAAGAAAUAAGGAAAAUAAUGAAAGUGAGGAGACAUAACUUCCGCCGAUAGGAGGAAGUUAUGGUGUCUUACCGGGUGCGAUGUCUGUGGCUGCACCCGUGGCAUCGUGGCACCGAGCCCACCUUUACAAGGCGCUCGCUUGCGUUGUUAUCGCACUUAUCGCACUACAAUAUCUACUCAGUGGUGCUAUAGAUGGGCACUCUAUUGAAACUAUGUUUACUAUUAAUGCUUCAAGAUAUACCGAGCGCUCAUUUAGAGGACAUCCACGGGGUUUGAUUAUUUAUGGUAUCACUACAGGAGUACCAACUUAUUCAGUUGAGACGAACACAAACUUCACUAAAGAAACAAUGCAGACUGCUGUGGCACCUGAGGAUGUCAGCAAUGUCUCAAGAACGGAAACUAGUCCAACAAGAAAUACAACUUAUAAUGGACCCAACGUCACUGACUCAUCAGUUAUAAAACAAUGUCCUCUUAUUCCACCGAAUCUUGCCGGUCCCCUAGUUGUUAACAAGAAUCCUCCAGAACUGUCAGUUAUCGAAAUGAAAUUGACAGACGUAAAACCAGGAGGCAAAGGUUCACCAGAAAAUUGUAAGCCUCGAUACAAAGUUGCCAUAAUAAUUCCAUAUCGAGACAGACCUCAGCAUCUUCAAACGCUCUUAUAUAAUCUUCAUCCCAUGCUGCUUAAACAGCAAAUCGACUAUCAAAUAUUCAUCGUUGAGCAAGAAGGUAACGGACCAUUCAACCGCGCCAUGCUGAUGAAUGUAGGAUACGUUGAAGCACUAAAAGAAAAAACGUUUGAUUGUUUUAUCUUCCAUGAUGUUGAUUUACUACCAGAAGACGAUAGAAAUCUUUAUACUUGUCCAGAACAACCACGACAUAUGUCAGUUGCAGUCGAUAAAUUUAAAUAUAGAUUACCAUAUGCGGAUUUAUUUGGUGGAGUAUCAGCAAUGUCACGGGGUCAAUUCCGGCUGGUAAAUGGUUUCAGUAAUAUGUUUUGGGGAUGGGGUGGCGAAGAUGACGAUAUGGCGAAUCGUAUAAAGGCCAAAGGGCUUCAUAUAUCACGUUAUCCACCUAAUAUUGCGCGCUACAAGAUGCUGUCACAUAGGAAAGAAAAAGCCAAUCCACGAAGGUACGAAUAUUUGAAGACAGGUAAAAAAAGAUUUGCAACAGAUGGACUGACGAAUUUAAAAUACAACUUAAUUGAUAAGAAAAAAUAUAAACUUUAUACUUGGCUACUUGUUAAAUUAACGCCCCCUCAGCCCAGCUGAUGGCUACCCUGGUUUGGUUGAAGUUUUAUUUAGCCAACAGAUAAAACUUCAAAUCCAAAUAAAGUGAACAAACUUAAAGUAAAAACAAGAACAACAAAUAGUAACAAAAAAAAAAAAUAAAAAAAAUACAAGGAAAUAAAUAAUUAAAGACAAAAGACUUGAUUUAAAGUUAUAUAUUAAUGAAUUUAAAAAUUUAUGAAUGAAAGUGAAUGAAGUGUUAUUAAGACGCGUUAUAAUCUGAGAUCCCAUAUUUUUUUAUUGCUCCCUUUAAAAGUUAUCACGUUAACUAGUAUAACGACUUAGGAAAUGUAAAAAAAGGUAUAAAAUGAAAUGAUAAUUUUUAAACGUGCCAAAUAAAAAAUAAUAAUUAAACAGUGUCUUAAUAUUUGGAAGAAAUAAAAAUAGAAAACUGUGGUAAUUUAAUUAUUGUAUUGAUAAUAAAAUUAGCGCGUAUUACUUUGUUAAAUAUUUUUAUUUUUUAUUAUCCGUGUAUAGUGAUAGUAUUAUUAAGUGAUAUAUAUUUAGAUAUAAAUAUAUUUUUUAUUGAUUAUUAUUAUUAUUAUGUAAUAUUUAUUAUCACUCAUGUUAAGAUUUAAAUUUUUACAAGUUUUUUUUUAUAUUUAUUUUUUUUGUUCAAUUGCUUUAUUUAAUUGAAGAAUAAAAUAAAACACUGGACAAUUUAAUUGAAUAAUAAAAGACUUGGUGCGUGUUUAUUCCAGAGGAAUAUUGAACUGUUGAGUAAAUUAAUAAUUCUAUUAUUUAGUCACUCUAUUGUACUCUACGAUAAGCUUUUCAUAAAUUUUAUCAAAAUUACUCGCGAUGUCGGAAGAACUUUUUCAAAUUUUUGUACUGUAGUCUAGAAGCCGCAAAGAUUGAAAGAAUAUUUAAUUUUAAAAGAGCAGCUAAAAAAUUAAUUUUUAGUCCAAAAACAGGGCCCUCGUAUAAAAAAGUAUUAGUUUGCAUUGUAAUAAUUGGGACUACUUCUUGUAUUAAAGUACAGUCGAACUCCGUUAACUCGGACAUAGUCUACGGUGGAGCGGAAAUUUCUUGGAAAUUCCGACUUAUCGAAUGCCAUUUCUUCCUUAAAAAGUAAACUAGACGCACGCGCACUUUUAUCACAUGUAUGAUGAAUAUAUAAAUACACACACAUACAAAUGUAUAGCAUCGGGUAGGAGAGCGUAGCUCAUAAUGGGGGUCAAGAUUGAGGGGAAGUUCCGGGAUAACGGAAUCCGAGUUAAUACUUUUAGUUGCAUGAAACUUGAAAAUGUCAGUUACUUAUUAUAUAUCGACUGUUCUUAAUUUAAAAAUUUAUAGUUGAUAGAAGAAAUUUUGUAAAUUGCCAUUUAUUGAUACGGCUCAAAAAUAAAGUAAUUUUUACAGUUUCAAAGUAGAGGGAAUUUGAUGAUAUUUGAAACUGUAAUAAAUCUUGGAUGUAAAUUUAAUUAUUCCACUAUUCUUUUUCCGAGUACAGUAAAUUAUAAUAGAAAUAGUAAAUGAUGACUCAUAAAUUUUGAAUUAUUUAGUAGAAAAAAUAAAAACUUGAUAAUUAUAAUUGGUAAAAAUAUUUUUUACUAAAACUGAUCGAUAACAUUUAUAUUUAAGAACAAAUGUCCGUCUGAAGAUGAGAGACAUCGGAUCAAAAUAUUAAAAAAUAAAUUCAAAAAAAACCGCGAGGCUAAUUAUUAUUUAAUUUAGCUAGUAAAUGUAUUAGACAGCAUACUGUCUAUGGAAAGUUUUUUUCUACUGUUAAACUGUGGGGUUUUUGUUACAAAUCGCCAGCUUACGGUUAAAUUUGAUAGCAACCCUACAAGAACCCGUAAAUUUGUCGCGCGACUUUGAUUAAUUGUAUCUUUUAAACUACAAGGCAAUAAAAUUAUUAUUUUUUUUCGAGAUCCAUAAAACUGACAUCUUUUAAAUAAAUACAAAAAAAGAGUCGACUGUGGUGACUUGGCUUCUAGACUACUUUAAACUUGUUUAGUAAAGGCUGGAUUAAAAUAAACAAUAAUACUCAAACAAAAAUUAAUUAUAAAUUUUUAAAGUCUACUCUACAAUAAAGUUGAUUAAAUAUUGAUUAAUCUAUUGCUAUUAUUUUUAUCUCCAAUAGAAUUAUCUCGAACAUUAAAAAAUCGAGUUAUUUCCAGAACUCAAUACUGGUGUGCAGCACACCCGAGUUAUAAAAAAAAUCAAUUUAAAUAAUUUUCCUAAUUAAUAGCUCAUAUUUAACUCAAAAAACCCGAAAGUAAUAGUUAAUGCUCUAAGAAUUUUAAUAUUCAGUUCAAAUAAAAAAUCUGAGUAUUUAAAAUUGAGAUGAUACUGUAAUAAAAUACUGGUGUGCAAAAGUUAAAGAGUGAGAUAUUCUGCGCAUGCAGUCAGAGUGUAAAUUUAAUUAAAUAAUAACUGAUGAUUAUUUAAAUGUUGAACAGUUUUAAAAAAUAAAUAAUGGAAUUAUUAAUUUGCUAGUGUAUUUAACUAAUUAAUAAUUAAGAUUAAAUAAAUAUUAAUUAUUAAAGUAGCAGGAUCUGAUUUCCAUAAUGUAAAUUUCUAGAGAGUAAUGCUUAUUUUUUUACAAUCAAGUAUUUGUUUAUAAAAAAAAAAUGAUAAUGAUAAAUAAAUAUUAAAGUUCAUUGAAUAAUUAAUUCCAAUACAAGGCCCGAUGAUCUCUAGUGUGUUAUCUGAACUAAAUAUACUUAAAAAAAAAUAAUAAAUAUAUACCACUAGCUAUCUUCUGAUCAUUGUCUAGUUGACGUAAUAAAAUAAAACGCUCAAUAAGCGAAUUGAAACUUAAUAAUUAAUACUAAUGAUAAACAUUUUUUUUUUGCUCUGUAUAAAAUGAAUCAUUCGAAUCAUAUCAUAUGUAUGAUAAUCAUUACCAUUUAUAAACAUAUAUUAUUAUUAUUAAAUAAUAUAAUUAAUAAAUUGCAUGAUACUUAAAUAAAAAAAAAAUUAAAAUAAAAUUUUAAUUAGAAAAAAAAAUUAAUAAUGAACAAAAUGUCAACUAGUAAGUCGAGGGCUGUGAAAAUGAUUAAAAUUAACGACUAAAUCGUGAUUAAGUCAACAAAAAAAAAUCGAAAAUGAGAUGAUUGGAUAAAAAAUAUAAUCCUGAAGUUAGCCGACAAUUAACAAUUUUCGGAUUUUUUGUUUACUAAUCAAUUAAAAAAAAAAAAAAAAAAAAAAAAAUAUGCACAUGUAGAAAAUUUUAAAAACUACGGGUGCAAUUUUUCAGAAUAUUUUUUUUUUCAUAAUUUAUUGUCUUUAAAAAAAUCCAAAAAUUAUCAGACGUCAGCUAACUUCAGUAUCAUGUAAAAAUUUGAAGAACUUUUUGAAUCUAAAAGCUGAUGAUAAAAAAAUCAGCUUUGAAUUUUUUUGAAAAUUAAUUAUAGGAAAAGAAAUUUCCAAUUGAAUAAAUAAAUUAGUUGUAAAAUAAUUGUUUGUUGAAAUUAUUAUGAAUAAAUAUGAAUGCAGGUGUUCAUUCAUUGAGUGUGAUUAUUAUAUUGUAAUUAUUAUCCAUAAACAAUUGAUGUUUUUUUUAAGUCUCUUGUAAUAUAUUUACUUAUAGUAUAAUUUUGAUAGUAGACAAGAUUUAAAUGAAAUGAUUUUAAUGUGAAUUUUGUUACACGAGAAUAUUGAAAAAAAAAUAUUUGUUUCUUAAUUAAUUAAUUAAUUAACAGGUAAUUAUUUUUUAAAAUUAAAUGUAAAAUUUUUUUUCUAUUGUGCUUUCAAUAAAAAAAAAUUUAGAACCGAUAUUAAAUUAUCUAAAUUAAAUUUUGCUUUAAAUAAAUUAAGAAAAAUGAUCUUUUAAUUUUAGCGCUCAAUUUGAAUGGGUAGUUAAUUAAAUUUCUUUUUUUUUCGUAUUUAAAAUUUAUUGGGAGCCGAUUGAUGAAUAAAAAUUUCGAGGAUUAAAAAAAGGAUAAAAAAUUUGAUAAUUAUAUACGUUGCGGUCCAUGAUAUUUAUGUAAUUUAACAGCAAAUAAAUAAUUAGUUGCCAAUUAUACUUUGAAAUAUUUGAAAAUUUGAAAUUGAAAAAAAAAAGUUAUCGUCUUCCAGAAAAUAAAAAAUAAUUUUUUUCUCGGGUAACAAGAUCACGAUAAAAUGAAAACUAUCCAUCAGUUAAGAUAGAUAGUGAUUAAAGUAAAAAAAAUACCAUAAGGCACUAGAUAUUUGCUAAGCAUUUAUAAAAUAAAUAUACAACUAUUCAAAAAUAAGUGAAUAAAUAAAACGGUAAUAAUUUAUGAUCCUGAAGUUAAUGGUACUGAAGUUAGCCGACAUCUAAUAAUUUUUGAAUUUUAAAAAUGAUAAAUUAUAAAAAAAAUAAACAUUUAAAAAAUUGCACCUGUAGCUUUUUUAAUUUUCUACAUGUGCAUUUUUUUUUUUUGCAAUUGAUUUGCUGAAAAAAAAAAUUCAAAAAUUAUGAGUUAUCUGAUAAUUCAGGAUCAUUGAAGUUAGCAGACGAUUAAAGAAUUUUCGAAUUUUUUUUUAAUAAAUAAAUUACAAAAAAAAAAAAAUAUGCACAUGUAAGAAAUUUAAAAAACUACAGGUGCAAUUUUUUCAAAUAUUUUUUUUUUAAUUCAUCGUUUUGAAAAAAGUCCAAAAAUUAUUAGACGUCGGCUGACUUCAGUAUCAUAAUAAUUUCUAGUUUGAGUUGGUCAGCUAUUGAAAAAAAUAAAAUAACUGUAGGAAUAACGAAUCUUUGUUCACUUGUACAGCUUUCAAAAAUUAUGAACGAACAUGAGUGUGAUAAAAAAAAAACAAAUGAGUACGAGAAAAAUUCCAGUCGACAAAAUGUGUAAUAAAAAAAUAAAAAAAUGGUUGAAAAAAAUAAAUAAA